AUGACCUGCCGCUUUAAGCAUCCUGAUAAAUCACGUGAAGUCCCCGCCAAGACCCAUAAAUCCGACGCGAGCGCGUCUCGGGCGGAAUCUGCAUCUAAUGACGAUUCGCGUGUUUUGGACGAGAGUCUCAAUACCACCACCGCACUGCCGCUCCACCAACUCCAUGAGUUGAUGCACACGUCUUACUCAGUCCGUGGCUACAAAAACCUGACCGUGGUCAAUCCCUUUUCCCCUAAACUCAACGUCAUUGUCGGUCGCAAUGGAUCAGGGAAGAGUAACUUCUUCGCGGCGAUUCGCUUCGUCCUCAGCGAUGCCUAUUCACAGAUGGGCCGCGAGGACAGACAGCAACUCAUCCACGAAGGCACUGGGUCGGCGGUGAUGUCUGCAUAUGUCGAGAUCGUGUUCGACAACUCAGACGGUCGAUUCCCGACUGGGAACGAUGAGCUGGUCUUGCGCCGGACCAUUGGCCUCAAGAAGGACGAAUACUCUCUGGACCGGAAGAAUGCCACGAAGCAAGACGUCAUGCAACUGCUCGAGAACGCCGGUUUCUCGCGUGCAAACCCAUACUACAUCGUGCCUCAAGGUCGCAUUACCCGCCUGACGAACAUGAAGGACGCUGAACGUCUGGACGUGUUGAAGAGCGUGGCUGGGACUCAACAGUUUGUUGCGAAGAAAGAGGAGUCGCUCAAGAUUAUGAGUGAUACCAACAACAAGCUCGCUGCCAUUGACCAGACCUUCGAGCAGAUCAAUGAUCGUCUUGCCGAACUGGAAGAAGAACAAGAGGAACUGCGGGAUUUCCAAGAAAAGGACCGUGAGAAACGAGCAUUGGAAUAUACCCUUUUUCAGCGGGAACAAGAGGAGAUCAACAAGGCCCUUGCAGACCUGGAGGAUAGGAGAGCAGGUGGCAUUGACGAUGCGGACGAAAACCGCGAGCGCUACGCCGAGGUUGAGGACGAGAUGGCCCGGAUCACUCAGCAAAUUCAGUUACUCAACCAACAGAUCCACGCUGCACGGCUUGAAAAGAAACAACUUGAGGACGAAAAGCGCGACAAGGCCAAAGCACGAGCGCAGGUCGAAUUGGAGGAGAGAGACCUGGCGCACGGGCAAGCGGCCGCAAACCGGGCCAAGGAGACUCAUGACCGAGAGCUGAAACAGGUCCGAUCACAAAUUGAAGAGAUCGAAAAGGAGUUGAGCACCAUUGUACCACAAUUCGAAGCAGAGCGAGCGAAAGAGCAAUCAGUCAAAGCUCGACUGGACGAAGCGGUCGCCACACAGCAACGUAUCUAUGGAAAGCAAGGGAGAAGUGCGCGGUUCAAAUCGAAGAAAGACCGAGACAACUGGCUCCAGGCGCAGAUCGGUGAAGCGUUUGAAGCCUUAUCUCGUUUCAAAGCCACGCGUAUGCAGACGACGGAAGGCAUCCAGGAAGACCAGAAAUUGAUUGCCAGUCUCGAAAAAGAGAUUGAGAGCCUGCACCAGCAAAUGACUGCUUCGGAUGAGUCCCUGGACAAGCAAAUACGAGCAGCCAAUGAACAAAAGGAGACUCUGAUGGAUGAGCGAAAAUUGCUGUGGCGUAGAGAGGCUCAACUGGAUUCGGAAUACACAACGGCACAAGACGAUCUGCGAAGGGCGGAGCGGAGUCUGUCGCAUAUGAUGGAUGGAAACACCAGUCGGGGCUUGGAUGCAGUACGCCGCAUAAAGCAGCAGCACAACCUUGACGGAUGCUACGGUACUCUGGCCGAACUAAUUGAUGUCCCACAACAUCAUACCGCUGUGGAGGUUACCGCUGGCAAUUCUCUAUUCCAUUAUGUUGUGGACAACGAUGACACAGCCACCAGAGUGAUGGAGAUCCUAAACCGAGAACGAGCUGGUCGCAUAACCUUUAUGCCGCUGAAUCGCCUCAGACCCAAGAAUGCCAAUUUCCCCAACGCUCAAGAUGCACGGCCACUGAUGUCGCUGAUCAAAUAUGACGCCAAGUUUGAGAAAGCAGUGCAACAGGUAUUUGGCAAAGCCAUCAUUGCUCAGAAUCUCAGUAUUGCGGCUCAAUACGCUAGAACUCAUGGCCUGACAGCAGUUACGCCUGAAGGUGAUCGAUCCGACAAGAAGGGCGCAUUGACGGGAGGGUAUCAUGAUGUGCGUGCUUCCAGACUCAAGGCCACCAAAGCGGUACUCGUCGCUCGAGAGAAGUUUGAAGCGGUCAAAGCCGAGAGCAACGAGAUCAAAAAGAAGAUUGAGAAAAUGGACCAGACUAUCACAAAAGCCAUGGGCGAGGUCCAGAAGCUCGAGCAACGGAAGAACCAAUUCCAAGGCAAUCAGAGACUGCUCAGACAGGAGAUCAAGAACAAGAUGGACAUGCUUCAACGGACGAGAGAGGACCUGGAGUCCAAGCAGAAACAAGAAGCGGCCAUUGCUUCCAACGUCAAGAUCCUGACUGAUCAGCAAAAGGCCUACGAGGUCGAACUGGCGUCAGACUUUAAGAAAGCACUGACACCAGCCGAAGAGGCGCAACUGGAAACCCUGUCAGCAACUAUCCAAAGCUUAAGACGCGAAUAUAAUGAUCUCUCUGCGUCUAGAGCGGAGAUUGAGACGAGAAAAGCGGAUCUAGAGGUGCGACUGAACGCCAGUCUCAAACCUCAACUCGUCGCUCUGGAAGCCGAUGAAGUAGAGACUGAAGCAAGUGUCUCUGCCACAUUACGCGCCAAGCGAGCCGAAUUGAGUCGAUUGACUAAAGAAUUAAACGCAAUCCAAGAGAACCUAAAUGACCUCGAGGAUCGACUGGAAACCUCUGCCACGCAGGUCGCGGAGCUCGAGGCACAAGCGGCCGAGACGAAGCGGCAACAGGAAGAGCUGGCCAAAGCGAUCGAACGGCACCAACGGCGGCUCGAGAAGUCAGUCCAGAAAAAGGCCGCACUGCUCGCUUCCAAACAGGAGACGAUAGAGAAUAUUCGCGAGCUGGGUGCUAUCCCGGAAGAUUUGCGCAAGAAGUACCAGUCAAUGGAUUCGAACGCAAUUGUGAAGCGGCUUCAAAAAGCGAAGGAAACCUUGAAGAAAUACACGUCGGUCAACAAGCACGCCUUUGAACAUUAUCGGAAAUCGGCAAAACAGCGAGAAGAACUAGAGGGGAGGCGGAAAGAUCUCGAAGCCGCCCGGGGUUCUAUCCAGAAUCUGAUUGAAGUGCUCGACCAGAGAAAAGAUGAAGCAAUUGAACGGACUUUCAAGCAAGUCAGCAAAGCGUUUGCCGAGAUAUUCCAGAAACUCGUUCCCGCCGGGCGAGGCAGAUUGGUCAUUCAACGCAAAACCGACAAACGGUCCGCCGAGGAUGCUGAAUCCGAGGACGAGCAUGAACCGGCCAACAAGCGCGGCGUGGAGAACUAUACCGGCGUCGGGAUCAGUGUCAGCUUCAACAGCAAGCACGACGACCAGCAGCGCAUCCAGCAACUGAGUGGUGGGCAAAAGAGUCUUUGCAGUCUUGCCCUGAUUUUCGCCAUCCAAGCCACCGACCCGGCUCCCUUCUACAUCUUUGACGAAAUCGAUGCAAACCUCGACGCUCAGUACCGAACCGCCGUCGCAGAUCAUCUCCUCUAUCUUGCCAACAGGGCGGAUGAGGAUCCUGGGGAUGACGAGGAUCGGCCGCAGGGAGGACAGUUCAUCUGCACCACGUUCAGACCGGAGAUGCUGAGGGUCGCGGAUAAAUGCUUUGGCGUGCGCUUCGCGAACAAUGUCAGCACGAUUCGGGAGGAGAGUAAGGAGAAUGCGCUUGAUUUUGUGGAAUCCCAGACUCAAUGA